AUGGCCGGUAGCCCCGUUGCGUGCAAUGACGAAAGCAUGGAAGUCGAGGAUGAAUUUAUUUCAAUUAAGAAGCACUCGCUGUACGUCAGUUAUUUUUGUUGAAUUAAUUUUACGUUAUUUGUUAUUGCUUACUCACUUUGAGAGCCGUGCAUUUGAGUUGCAAUUAAAACUUUCCUGCACGUCACGCAGUUUUUUUUUCAGUUAAUACGAAUAUUCAUCAAUUAAGGUGUGGGAAAGUUUACACGGCAAAUUUUAAGAAUGCCUAAUAUGUUAGGUGUCCUUUUAACGAAUGUUUGAAUUGGGUCUGCACAUAAAUGCCUGUGUGUAUAUAUACAAGCAAACAUUUUUGUGAUAGCUCUGAUUACAUAUGUAAUAAUCAUAUCAUGAGGACCGUAAUUGCUGAUAGGAUAUUCUCAAACAGCCCUGGUUAGUAAGUGAACAACAGUCCAAAGAAUCAGUUGGUAUGCCCGCGAUCACAUACUGAUGAUGAACCGCCAACUAGUACGCUCAGUUCUUCUGACCUUUAAGCGCCCGCACUCACUAGGAGUCGAUUCAUGCUUAUGUUGCGUAGAUGAGCUUCCUCGCUUUAAGAGCUGAAUCCCGUGGUGGAGAGAGUCAAGCGUAUCGCCUAUGCGCAAACUUGUCUUGUGAGCGACAUUUUGUCUUCCUACUGGCCGCUCUUGAUCGGCACGUGAAUUUAUUGAGAAGCAUUCGAUUGUACGUACCUGGUUCAUAAACUUUGUUUUCUGCUAACUCACCUGUUGCUAUGCUAUCUGUCCCAUGGCUUCUCUGGGCUGAGUAACUAUCUGAGGCAUAAUCCCGAACAUUUAUCUCCUUGUAAAUCCAUGAUUUGCUAGUGCCACUGAAUUUUUGGAUCUGAUAUGUCCGAGUCCUUCACAGCGGGCUGUAUAUUAACUUCGAAACGUAGGUCAUGUUGAUCACUACAUGCUAGUACUUGCGGACUCUUACUGCGCAUGUAAAUACAACCUUGACUUGUUGAAUUUGUAAGAUUCAGACCUAACCUUGCCCACCUUUCCGACUUUCAUUUUCUUUAUCAGAACGCCUGCGUUUAAUCGGCUCGUCUUAAUCUAUACAGUGGUGUUUCUGACAAUUCUUCUUGGUAUGAUGUUUACCAACUCUUCCAGAUUACUUAGCGAAUGAUCACUCUGCACUACAGGAGACAGAUAAUAACAUAGUAAGUAAAAGAUGAUCACAUGACAAGCUAAUUUGACUGUAUUCUUGUCUUAGUGUGCUGGGCUAUCCCGUGUUCGAUCCCUUCUCGAUAAGUUGUUUCGAGGCGGAUAAAAGGCACGGCUCUAACGUGCUCUUAAUUAUCGUCUGCCACUGAAAUUGCGUGUAGCCGUGUUGGAACAUUCUGCAGGACAGCACUUCUGUUUGAUUCCCGCGGAAUUUCUUUGGCUCUUUUCCUUUCGCUUUCCCGCUUUUUUACAGAUAACAGUGGUCUGUAAUUCGAAUAUCUUGAAAGUAAUUGCGACAUAAUAAUGCGCACUUUCCAAAGUAUCUCACAGGAGUUGCGAGGCUUAGAUCCGGACGUGUCCGCUAUUAUUUGAUCUCUGGCAAGAUAUCCCCGUUUACCUGUAGCGUCAAAACACCUGCUUUCUAUGCCCUGGACAAUACGACAGCUGCCAAUCCUAAAGACUGUCUGAACCUUCGAGACCAAUUCAGCUGACGAAGUCACUCAGCCUGUUAUUACUUUCGAACAUGACAGCGAGCACUGCAGACGUCUUCUCGGUCACUCAUCCACAGUCUGCGAAGGCACAAGCCAAUUUGAUUAAAUAGACGUAAAUGUCUGCUUUGAUCGUCAGGCCUCCCUACACAAGACGGCCAAGGCAGUGCGACAAUUUUCCAUCGGAAAAGCACUGGGUUGCGACUCGGUCCCAUCGAAAUUUCACAAAUACGGCUGCCCUUAACUGACGGACAUGCUUACUUCACCGUUCCAGAUUUUGAAACAAGGAGGAAUUCUGCAACACUUCAAAGAUUCAACUUUCGUUUAUCGGUGUAAAUGUCAGGGAGACUGUCAACUCUUUGAUAAACACGUAUACAUUUCUCUUCUCCAACAUUGCGGGUAAAAUCUCCGUCCCAGUCUUAUUCAAUCGCUUGGACGCGCAUGGACUUCUUCCGGAAAUACCAUCCAGUGUUAAGAAUACCACAGUGACUCUGUCAUUAUUUUUGCGGCACGGUAACUCGCGGUGAACUCUAGAGAAUCUUGCUGGAGUUCGGGGCAAUUAACACAACCUGUAAGACAAAUUUAUGACAGUAUGGUGCGUAUCAAGUACAAAGGGGCAGUUUCUGAAACAUUCGGGGUGAAGGAGAUAUGUACCCACUAUCACCGUCUCCGGCCUAGUUUUUCGCCACGAAGGUAGACGUCUACCGCGAGGGACGGCCAAAAGUCACUCUUCGGUCAGCUUGACUCAGACAAUAAGCUUUCUGUGUAUUUGAGAUGGGGAAGAGUGAAGCUGUUGUUGGAGGAUCUACACUCGCGACAAAUCAACGCGUUUCCCACUAUGGUAAAUCUAUUACGCAUGAAUAUAUUACAACCUGCCAGCUGUCAUGUCUAGGAAGGUUCUUAACUGACGGGUAACUCGGUCCAUCUCAGGAUUUGGGUCAGGUCUCGAUGGCCUCAUCCUGGUACGACCUUUGUUUCUUUUUAAAAUAUAUGCGAUAUAAGAUCCUGCACUAAGUGGGGUCUGGGUCGGUGAUCAGGUCGCGUAUGGCACGCUUAGACGCGCUGUUUGACUUUGUCGGCCACAUGCGGUCAUCUUGACCUUGUUUUACCAUCGGUAGGUGUGGGAAGAAAAAUAUGCAAAACGGAACUUUCGGAAAGAAGUUCUACUUGUCAUCUCCAGGCCACGUAGAAUUGCCCCUCUCCUCUUUCGUGGAUCGAGGCGGCUGAGUAUUUUGUCGACCUCGGACCAUUGUCAGCAGAAUAUCUUCAGUUCAACCGUCGCGGACAACGAUGCCUACCGCGUGUUCUACAACAUGAUGGGCGCAGGACGGUAACUUGCGCGUAAAUUACUCUAGUAAUGACAGCAGAUUUGGGCAGCGUCUGUUGCACUCUCUCCUAAACUCGUUUCAGUCAGGACGACCGGAGGCGAGAUCGGGCGCGUGGCUGAUAAAGCUGAACAGCCCGUCCACGUGUGCCACGCGUGCCACGCACGCCUUGUCCGCGGACGAUGGGCCAGGUUUUCACUGAAACAAGGGGCGGUUCGGAUCCUAUCUGUGCUGGAGCGCCAUAGAGGCCGCGUGAAGAAGGAGCUAUUGCAGUCUGACUCUCCGUCCUGAGAGGAGGACCGAGUUAUCCUGGCUGUUGGCAGCCUUCUAAGCCAUGACUUUUAGCGCAGCACGGCAGUUCAAAAGUGCAUCGAAUUGUUUAUAGUUAAAAAUGCGAUGAUUUGCCAUUAGGACGUAGUCUCCAGAGUCGACCUCACUGUCUCUUCUCGCAGUCCGCGGCCUACUGCCCGAGCCUAUCAGUAAUUUGAUGCUGGGAUUAAGCACAAAUGGCCUGCGCGGCGUUGGGUCUGCGCCAGGGCGUGCAACCACAGCCCGUCGUGUGUGGCAUUAUGGGAUGCACGGACCUUGUGGAGCCCGACUAAAGGGUGCCAUAGUGGUCCAGCUUAUCCACCACGUGACCCAUUGUAGGGAGGAUAUGACACCGUAUACAACUAGCGCCGAACAUUUUCUGUGGGCUUUGGGAGUGUGUGGUCUCUCCGCGAAGCUCAACAACAGGUAGUACUUCUGCAGUCUGGUUGCGAAACUUGGCCACCACGCACUGCUGACUUGAGGAGGGUUGAGGUGCUUUCUGCGAAUACUAUUACAGUCUUUGAUUCAUAGAUAAAUUAUCAAACGGAGAACUCAAUCGUCGUUUAGGGACAUCUGCUCAUCAUGCAUAAAUGGUCGCCGCCUCAGAGGGUUCGAUCAGGCACUCUCUUAAUCCGUGUUGGGACUCAUCCGUGAUGUCAUUUGUUUAUGGUCCUGUCCGAGUAUUCAUCACCUCGCUGGGGACAACUAAAAUAGUGGGCAGAUGUGAUUAAAGCAGGCCUGGAGAGAUUGCUGGACCCCAAUGUUUUCGCCGUUUAUGAAUGAAACGCCAACUUGCCAAUGAGUUCUGAGGACUCGCCAGACGGUCGCAGAGUAUUGGCCGAACGAAUUUGUGAUCCUGUGGACUCUGGUGCCAGCCUAACUAACAUUGGUGUUUGCUACUGCAAAUGCGAAGUAUUAGCAGCCACAGUUUCACAUAAGACAACGGCGAUACAGUCAACCCCUCCCAAACAGCUUGCUAACUUUGUAACCUUACAUGAGCUGUUAUUCCGUGGCCUGAGGCACAGAGUAGGUAGUGUCAUUUCGUUUCCAGGUUGUUUUCUAUCGUGAACUUGAUAAGCGCAAAAAAGAAUGUGCUGUACUUGUUUAGAGAUGAACCCCCUCCAAAUUUAUCCCUGUGUUACGCACUUCUCCCAUCAAACUUCUCAUUUCACCCACCCAAUUUCAGCUGGCAACCUCCAUUCAAGCUUCGAGAUUGUUCUUUUGAAUAUCUCAAAGACUCUCCGGUGCCCUACUCCCUGCUUCACAAGCCUUACAAACAAAAGAAACUGAAGUACACACCCGAAGAAGAACAAAAAAUCUGGUCUCUGCUCGGAACUCUCAAUAAUCUCGAUGAUAAGCCUACGUCGACCGCAACCGUUCAAGAUACAUCAACUUCUGAAACAGUAUAUUCGUUAUGAGUGUGUCCUCUCUACUCUUCCGAAAUUUUAGAAUCUCUUCUAUGCCCAGUCUGUGCCUGCUCUACAGUCCAUGCGUGAAGUUAAACGCGAACGCCGGGUAACUUUUUGGUUAUGUAGCUUACUCUGCCAAUAAGUCAGUCUGGAGUGUUUUUGAUCCAAAGCAGUCCACUUGGACGUCUUCUUUCGCCUCUCACGCUUAUCGAAGGGGCGGUGUUCACAAUCUGACCUUUCAAGCUUGGGAUCUUGAGACUUUCAUCUGCUUUUAUUCUGUUCCGUAUACCAGUCAAGGCCUUUGGAUUAAUAUACAGUAGUUGGGAAUGCAAUGAGUCGUCAAGGUUGAGAUGCGACAUUUGACAGUUUUUAUCACGAUCUACAUAUUAACCUACGGAACUUCCUCCAAUCCUCAUCAACGUGGUUCUCCCACGGCACUGGCAGUACACUGACUUCCUCCCAUGGUGCGACGGCCGGAGCUCUUCUUGAAGAAGGAGACACGACCGCUGGGACAAGAGCUUUAUUCGCCUGACGUUUCGGAUUGUCAGACGAGUAAGGUUAUUAUCCCAACGAUCGUGUCUCCUUCACGACUGCUUCCUGGGGCUCGUCUCUCAGCCUCUAUUGUCCAUCCGAUCUAUUGUAACGCCUUAAGCACCCAGAGGAAAGUCCUUCCCAUUUUCUCCACAUGUAAGAUUGCCUUUGAACGCGCUGAAACCGUUCACGGUGUUUUGUCCUCAUGUUGAGGGUAGCUGCAGACUUCUCCACCCAUCAACGUGGCCUUGCAUCUCGCAGUUUUACGAUUCUGCAAAUAAUUCUGUAUGGAGUAAUCUGGGACAUUUUUCUAGAAAAAGCACUUAUUUGGGUGCCUCGUAUUUCUCCGAUGUCCUACAUACCUGCCGAAGGGUCUUUCAACAAAAGUUUUUUUCUUCCUUUUCGAUUCAUCUUCGUUAACCUUCCAAGGCAAAGAAGAAGGCGCAUUUGGAGAAGUGGUAUGGCCUGCCAAAGGGAGAGCUGACUCCAGAAGUGAAAGCAGACUUGGAGCUCAUCGCAAAGCGACAAAUUCUCGGCCAGGAUCUGCACACUCGGAAGGCUGACGGUCGUCACAGCCACUUCCAGGUAGGCCAAACGACGUGCCUGUGUCUAACUGGGUCCUGUUUAGCUUGCGAGAAUGGCGAUAACUACUGCUUACUCGCAUCUAUUCCUUUGAUUUUUUUCUCCCAAUACGCAGGUGGGUGUAGUGGCCGAUGAUCCCGGCUCCUUCUACGACCGCAUACCGCGGAAGCAGCGGAAGAAAACCCUGGUUGACGAGUUGUUGGCUAAUGCUGACUACAUGAAGUAAGCUUCGUCUUUGAUUUGGUUUCUUUCUAUUACCAGAUACUGCCUUUCCUACAACUUACCAUGGUUAUGUUGUUAGUCAAAGCCAUCUGAUUUUUAUCUGCAAAUCAAGCUAGUCAUUUAUGCCGUUUGGUCGACCCAGACUGUCGCCGCUCCUAGUGGUACAGACGGACCUCCGCCACCGCUAUUCUCCUGCUGCCUGGAACUGGCGACUGUAACCAAAACCACAAACUAAACUAAGCAGAGGACUUGAAGAAGGAGACACCAUCGCUGGGACAAGAGCUUUAUUAGCCUGACGUUUCGGAUUCCUGCUCGAACCCAUCAUCAGAGGCAAAAGCACAAGAGUCUGCAGUAUUUAUAGGAUGCAGUCGCCAUGCUACCACAUACCGAUGAAUAUUCACGGCUCCCCCCUUCAGCCGGGAUCGUUGCACUUGGUGUGCUGACUGUUUGAUGGCCGACAUUCGCGUGGUUAUUUGCUGCAAUUUCAUCACGUGCGUUGGAUGUUGGUGUGAUGAUUGCUCGACCAUCUGAUCCACCGACCCUGGCGCUGGGAAAAGUGUUCACCUGUGAGCUCCUCGCGUGGCCAAUUACUCCGCCUAGGCGAAUUCUCAGCACCGGGUAUGGAAGGGGAAGGUCAUUGCACUUGUUAAUGAACUGGGGGUAGUAACAGCGUGAGCCGGGAGCUGCCUGAGUCAUGGUUUACUGGCCCCCAGUUCAUUAACAAGUGCUAUGAUCUUUCCCCUUCAUACCCGGUGCUGAGAAUUCGCCUAGGCGGAGUAAUUGGCCACGCGGGGAGCUCACAGGUGAACACUUUUCCCAGCGCCAGGGUCGGUGGAUCAGAUGGUCGAGCAAUCAUCACACCAACAUCCAGCGCACGUGAUGAAAUCGCAGCAAAUAACCACGCGAAUGUCGGCCAUCCUACAGUCAGCACACCAAGUGCAACGAACCCGGCUGAAGGGGGGGGGGCCGUGAAUAUUCAUAGGAAUGCGGUAGCAUGGCGACUGCAUCCUAUAAAUACUGCAGACUCUUGUGCUUUUGUCUCUGAUGAUGGGUUCGAGCAGGAAUCCGAAACGUCAGGCUAAUAAAGAUCUUGUCCCAGCGAUCGUGUCUCCUUCUUCAAGACUGCUUCCUGGGACUCGUCUCUUCGCUUCUAUAAGCAGAGGACUUUUGCAGAGAUCCUGACUUCGGUCACGUCUUCCCGUCAACAUUCCCCAUCUUGUGCACACACACCUUGAUACACACUGCUGCCUUUCGCAUGCCUUUGUAGUAGUAGUUAUGGCAACCUAACUAUCUUGAUUUUAGGCUUUUACGACUUCAGUAAUACAAUCCACAUGUUUCAGGAACUGAAAAUACUAUAGGUUCCGAUCCUAACUUUACGAAGACAAGGUGGUGCUGUUUGUUCAUGAGGUAGAAAAUGCAGUCUACCUCCGAAUGCCCACAGACUCAAGAUGAUCUGCUGUUUCAGUGGCACCAUGGGACAAGGCUAAGUCGUGUCCAGCCCACUCAUUACUCAGCCUGUAAUUGCAUUAAACAUCGAGGCCUCAUGUCACCCCACCGCGCAAAUCGGAAAACUUAAAAGAAUGGAAAAUAACACAGUCAUGGUGUCCCGUAGUGUUGCCUUUGUCUUCGCUUCCUCCUUGCAGAAUCUACUGUGAAUGUUCUAAAACAACUGCUGGCAAAUUCGUCUCGCAGUUUACGAUACAUGCGUUUGGUCUCUGCUGUCUAACAGCAGUUAACAUUCUCAUGGCGGGAAUAACGCACAAGACAGUCCGUACCUUUCAUGCCGUUGGCUCGAUUCGUCGUGUUACAGUCCACGGUACAACCACAUGCCCUUUUCUUCACUUUGACUCACCUAAGUGAUUGUGUGACGUCAUCUUGCCGCAUUGGGUAAUCAAUGAACCUCACUGAGAGUAUUACCGACAGCGACAAGGGAAACUGCGGUGGCUCUUGUUGACUUGUUUGUAUUCAACCACCACUAGGCCUGGAGCGCCCGCGUUCCGUAUACCCGUAGUCAGGGUCAGACCGGUGAACACCGGUAAUGUGAGUGUAACCUCUAGUUUUAGCCAGAUUGGCACAACUCGAAGUCAGGGGCCUCCGACUGAGAGAGAGUUUGAACUCAUGGAUCACUGCAUGAUGUCUAGGGCCUAUUAAGCAGCCCAAUGGGGCAGACGCUGUGUAGGUCACUUAAAGGCUUAUUUUUUGUACGAAAAGUUUAUUUCGUCUUUGCCCCUUUACAGGAAACAGCGUCGGCAGUAUUCACUCCUUCAGAAAGAGAAGUGGGAGAAGAAACUUGCGAUACGCCGAAAACAGAAGCAGCAACAGCAGAAGUCGGCCAAACGCGCUGGCAAGACGAAAACAGUCAAGAUAGCCGAAUCCUAG